AUGAGCCAAUUCAGAUAUGUAUGUGCUGCAACCAUUCAUUGCUUUACAGUGAUCGUAUUCGCAAAUAUCCUAUACGUUGGUGAGCAUAUCAAACAGCUGCCACAUAUAUGUCCGUACUCGGGUGACGAUAACCCACAGUAUAUAACCGAUGCCAUACUGGCGGAUAACGACACUUUCUACUUUCACCAUGUUCUCAAUACCGAUGUUGUGGAACAGGUUGCGAAGGCAUUAGACCGUGUUGGUAAAAAGGGACAUGUGCACGUGCUCGAGUGGCUAGCCAACAACAUUGCCUAUAACCUUGCAACGGGCGAGUACCUCGGUCUACUCAUCUACAUCAAGUACCUAGAGUACAGUCCUCGCGGCAACAGUGACCAUACCAAACACCUCUUUGCCAAAUUACCAUUCCCAAAACAAAAGGUUGAUUUCAUGCUCACCUUUUUCUAUCGUCUUGCCUUUACCUAUUGGCUCAAUGGUAAACGAUACGACCUCCUCGCAAUGCUCCAUCAAAAGUAUGGUCCCGAAUUACUCUCACAUACACUUGUCCCAAAAAUCAAGAAAACACCAAUCUUUGGAAACGACCCAGCUUUCCAAAGAAUUUAUAAACAAACGAUCAAUCAAUUACAAUCACAAAACAAAAAGACAAAGACAAAAGAAGAAAGAGAACUCAUUAUCAAACAAUUUAAUCAAAUCGAUCAUAACAAGAAUAAUAAUAGUAACAAGAAUAAUUAUUUUAAUAAUGGAUUAGAUGAAAUAUUUAAUUUUUCAACAAAUAAUAAUAAUAAUAAUAAUAAUAAUCAAACUUCUUCUUCUUCAUCAUACCCAUUAUCUUUAACAUUUACUUUAAAAAAAGCUUAA